AGGUGUGUUGUUCUUUGUUGCGUGUAGAAAUGGUGUUUGGAAUUGUUUUAUUUGUUUUAAUUUGUACAAGUGCAAGUUCACAUCAUAAUGGGAAUGUCGUUUGGCUCAAAUCACCUAGAGUAACCCAUUGGGGAAAAUUUGGCCCACACGAAUUCUGUCCAAAAAAUAGUUUUGUUACAGGCAUGAGAUUGAAGGUAGACCAUACUCACGUCGGUGACAAUACGGCUCUUAAUGCUAUACAGCUUAUAUGUACUGAUAUGAAUGGAUACGAUAGCAUGAUUAACAGCGCGACUGGAGCAUAUGGCUCUUUCGGUAAAACAAAAUAUUGCCUGAAUGGAUUCGCCACUGGCUUUCAACUUCGUUCUCAGCCUUUUCAAGGGUUACUCGGGGAUGAUGUCGGAGCAGUAGAUUUCAAAUUAAUAUGCUCCGACAUUAGUGGCGAUCCAUCGCAAAUAAUCGCUGAUAAUAGUGGAUUUUUGCCGUGGGGAGAUUGGACCAAGGAAAAACAUUGCCCCUCAAAGAGAGCUGUAUGUGGUAUUGCCACACAGGUCGACUCGUCGUCUGGACUGUUUUUUAAGCGGGACCAGUCGACUUUAAAUAAUGUUGAUAUUGCAUGUUGUCUCUUAACCAGACCAAUUGAAACUUGUAGUAAAUUAACGUACAAUUGGGAGACUCUAAUAGCAUGUCCGACCGAAACAACUUGCGAAAUAAAUUUAAUUACGGGAAUAGUGGAGGGCGAGCAACUGUCGAAAUUGAGAAAAAUCUACGACAAUCGAAGAAAUAAAAUUGGAAGUUUCGAUAAUUAUGUUAUGAGGUCUCUGCAAGUCAAGGCUAAAAGGAACAGAGAGAAAAUAAACAACAGAUCGCUUAAACGCAUUUUAAAGCAAACAAAUUUGAAUAAAAACGAAUCGACAGUCAGUGUAAACUGCAAAGGUAGAAUUCAGCAACUCGUUGCCGCAUGUGACUUCAUUAAAUUUUAUACGAGCGAAAGCCAAUGUGUUCCAGAUCAGUAUGCUGACAAAGAAUGGGAAGUCGAAGGCUUAUAUUUCCAAGCAACAUCGCCUUCCGAAAACAUUUUCUGGAGCUAUAAUUGUGAUUUCACAGGAGGUGAUGUUGGGAGUGUAUCGGCUGGAAAUGCAGCCGAUUGUGGUGAAAAGUGUUUGGUGAAUACGGACUGUACUCAUUUCUCGUAUAAAAAUUAUAAUGGCGGAACAUGUUGGAUGAAGGGAGUUCUUACUCUUAAUACACCAGUUGAGAGAUACGGCGAAAAAAUUAUUUGCGGAUGGGUUGAGAGACCGUAGCAUGGACCGUAGACGUAAUUAAAAUUUCUGAGUUCUUUUUGAGAUUUUGACUUUACGUAUGACUAAAAUAUAGAAAAGAUAAAU